AUGUCUAGUCGCCGGAAGCACUGGGUCUCCGCCGGUUGCAGCGCAACCGGCGGGGCCCACCGGCGCCGGGGCGAGGGGGGAGACGACGCCCACCUCGUGCUGGUCGCCAGGAAAGUCUGUUAUCUGGUCGCGGCCGACGGCGCGGGAGGCGCGACCCAUUCGGACCGCGGCUCGAACACGGCGGUUUUCGCGGCGCUCGAUUGGCUCCGCGUCAACCGCCUUACCCCGUCGGAGCCCGGCGGCCGUCGCCAGCUCGAGCGCUGCUUCCGAGCGGCCCGCCGCGCCGUCGAGCGGGAAGCAAGUGAACUCGGUAGGGAUGUCAAUGACCUCGCCACCACGCUGCUCGUGGCGGUGGUCGGGGAGAGGGGCGUCUUAGCCGGCCAGAUCGGCGACGGCGCGCUGGUGGUGCAGACACGCCAGCAGAUCCGCACAGUCCUCUGGGACGACAAGCCGGGCGCCGCCAACCGCUCGGACUUUCUCACCGACGCGAACUGCCUCGAGCGGCUACGCACCGUCACGGUGCGCGGGCACGUCCGCGGGGCGGUCGCCGUGACCGACGGCGUCGAGGGGCUAACGAUCGCCCGCGAUGGGACAGCGAACGACAGCUUCUAUCACCGACUUUUGCAAGGCGUCCGUGAGCGGUCGGAGUGGGGGGCGGGCGCGGGGCUCGACAGGCUCUUGGAGAGUUCCGCCGUGCGGGAACGUUGUGACGACGACUUAACCAUCGCCGCGGUGGCGUUAACUCAAGAAGGUGCCCAAGAUGAUCACCAAGCUGCUACGCCAACGAACGACGCUCACGAAACCGGCGACACCGGCAGCAACACCGCCGGCCGCGCCAGCCCCCCCACCGGUCCCCGGCGAGCGGACCUCUACCGCUGCGGCCCGGGCGCGGUGGUGAAGAUGCCGCGCCGAGUGACGGCCCUCUGGGCCGAGAAGGCGGAGUGGGCCGUGAAGAACCGUAACGUCUUCGCCGACCCCCAAGGGGCCUGGGCGGCAUGGCCGCAACGGCUCGUCGUCGACCCCUUCAGCAAGCAGAUCGUCGGGGUCGUCCUCCCGAUGCUCGAGAAUUACGUCCCGUUAACGCGGGCGCUGGACCCCGUCGUCCGGCAGAAGCUCUUCCCCGACUGGGACGCCGCUUCACUGGUCGGGGUGGCCGCCAACGUCUUGGCCGCGUUCGACUGGCUCCACCGCCGCGGCGUGGUGCACGGCGACGGGUCGCCCGCCAACGUGAUGGUCGAUCGCGCCGGCCGCGUGGCGCUCAUCGAUUGCGACAGUUCGCAGUACGCGACGACCCGCGGCGCACUGACGUGCGGCGUGACGACCGGGGACUACUGCCCGCCGGAGCUCCAGCCCAAGACCGAGGAGCAGCUGCUAGGCCUGACGCGGACGCCCUCCCAAGACAUCUUCAGCGCCGUGGUGAUCGCGCUCCAACUCUUGGGCGCGUCGGGCGCGCACCCCUACAGCGGGCGCUGGGACAAGAGCGAUGGGUCGCGUCCCCCGGCGACCGAGCGACGCAUCGAGCUGAACGCUUGGCACGGCGCGCAGAUCGGCCCCGGCGCGGGGAAGGUCAGCGCUCCCGCCAAGUCUCUUCCGCUGGCGUCGCAGGGGGAGGGGAUCGUCGAACUGACGCUCCGGACGUUCGACGGCGGCUGGCGGGACCCGGCCGCGCGACCUGCUCUGAGCGAGUGGCUCCAGCAGCUGGCCCGCUUGCGACGCGCGCUGCGCGCGGGCGGCGACCGGAUUGGAACUGCUGCCCCGCCCACCACGCAACGGCCUGCGGCUGAAGCGCGCCAGCGGCUGGGCAACGGGCGCCUAAAGAUCUGGAGUGAUCACCGACAGGAGGGACCGAUGGCCGUGCUGAUCUGCGUGCUGGUGCUGGGGAUGCUGCUGGGCGGCCCGAUCCGCCGCGGAGCAGCAGCAAUGAACGCGCUAGCCGCGCUAUGGCGGUUCUUGGGCUUCCGCUGGGGCGUCGCGAUGUUGAGCGGCUUGGCGACCUCGGCGCUGCUCGCGGGCGCUCACGCGCCGCCAGGCGCGGUGAUUGCGGCCGCCGUGCUACCCCCGUUGUGGGUCGCCGGCCGCGAACGGAUCGGGCUGCUGGGUUGCUGGCGGCGCUGGCUCUUCACAGGGCGUGGCGCCGCCGGCGACUGGAUGUCCCCCGCGAUCGGUCACAUCUUCGACACGCCGCUGCUCGGCGCGACGCUGCCGGAGCACGCGAUCGGACGCCGCGCCGUGCACCUGCCGGCGAACCACUACACGACGCUCGCAUGCACCGGCGCAGGGAAGCUGUUGACGUCCGCGGCGCACCAGUUGAUUGGCUGGCCCGAUCACCUGCUGGCGAUUUCGGAGAAGAACGAUUUGUGCGACCUCGCGCUGGGUCGGCGCUGCGACCCGCGGCUGUGGGACAACGUCAACUUCGUCCGCCGCUGGGGCGGCCGGCUGGGCGUCGAUCCACGGGCGAUCACCAAGGCCCGCUACCACCUGCGCGGCGGCCGGGUGAUGAACGUUGAUCUAGGCGGCUCCACCGCGUUCCCGGCAUCACGCUACACGUUCCUCAGCGAGGUGGAUGUCGCCCAGCCCGGCGCGAUGGCGCGGCUGAUGGCGAUUGCCCGCGGCCUGUUCCCCGAGCAGAAGAAGAGCGCGACGGCCGACCCUUACUGGCAGCUCGCGCCGCAAGGCGCCUUUGCGGCGGCGGCCGGCCACGUGAAGACGACCGAGCCCGACCCGCGUGAUCAGACGCUCAUCCGCGCGACCGAGCGGCUGCUGGGGAUCGACCCGAAGACAGGGCGUUCGCACCCGCAACUGCAAGAGCGGCUCUUCAAGGAGAUGAUGCACAACCCGCACCUCGGGGGCUUCAUCGCCGCUCAAGGCGCCGAACUCUACAACCUCGGCGAGAAGACGCUGGGCCCGCUGAUGAGCACCAUCGGCACCCGCACACGGUGGAUGCUUGCCGACACGCGGGUCCGCGACCUGCUCUCGGGCCC